AUGAAUCGACCAUCAUUACCCUUUGCUUGCUUAUUGCUCUGCAUUGGGAGGGUCGCCCUUGCCAGUUGCGCGCAGUAUCCUUGCCAUGCCUCAUCUUCAGACUGGGAAGAGCUUGGAAAAAGGGUGAACGGAAGGCUGUUCCCAGGCAUCCCUUUCUCGCAGCCUUGUUUCGAGAAUCACAACUCAUCUGACUGUCACGAUGUGGAAAUGGGUUAUACUAACGACACUUUCCGCUCUCAAUAUUUCGGCGCCUAUGUAAAUACCAAUUGGGAGGCCUGUCAGGCUACGGGAAGUUCCUGUUUAUUAGACUAUAGAGAUCCCACCGAUAUCGCACCUGUUCUACCUCCCAACAAGUGCUCACUUGGCAGUGUUCCAAACUAUUACAUCGACGUGAGGACUCACGAGGACGUUGCGGCAGCCUUUGAAUUUUCCAAAAAGACGAAAGUAUUAUUGGUUAUAAAGAAUACGGGCCAUGAUUACAAAGGAAGGAGCAGUGGUCCGAAUACAUUGGCACUCUGGACGCAUAACCUUAAAAAUAUAUCAUACAACCCAGAAUUCAUCCCGGAAGGCUGUACGACGCCAACACCUGGUGUCACCGUAGGCGCUGGUAUUCAGUGGGGCGAGGCAUACGCAUUCGCGGAGGCGCAUAAUAUUACUAUCGUAGGCGGGAGCGAUAAAGGUGUCGGCGUUUCCGGUGGUUGGUUGCAGGGUGGUGGCCACGGCGCUCUCACGAACACCAUGGGUAUGGGUGUUGAUCGAGUCCUACAGUUCAAGGUGGUCACCCCUGAUGGGCAAUAUCGCAUCGCAAAUGCUUGCCAAAAUCAAGACCUCUUUUUCGCUCUGCGGGGAGGCGGAGGUGGGACAUUCGGCGUCGUACUUGAGAGCACGACGCUUGCUUCCCCUCCGGUCACUCUACAAGUAGUUGUCGUCACCUGGACUAAUCCCAACAGCACGCUGACCGAGUCUUUGUGGUCCAUCCUCGUUGAUAAUGCUGUCAAGUGGGCUGAUGAGGGGUGGGGCGGUUUUGUCGCCGGACAAUCCGUCAUAUACCUCACGCCGGCGCUGAAUAAAGAGCAGGCGUCAGAAUCUAUGAAGCCUGUGAUCGAUUUCGGGGGAAAGCUAGAACAAGACGGGGUAGCAGGCGCUCAACUGCUCGUCCUUGAAUUUCCAUCUUGGUAUACUUUCUUCAACACGUUUGCAAACACAGAUUCAGCGGAUAUCGGCGAGAACUUGGCGCUCGCGUCACGUCUCAUCCCUCGUGCCAAUUUUGGCACACCAUCCUCCCGAACAGAACUGCUUAGCGCGUUGUUGAAUGCUCACACUAUCGCUCCUGGCUUGCGCUUUCUUGUGAGCCCACCCACUUCAUUCAAGGGCGAUGGCGAGACCAGCGUAACGGAAGCCUGGAGAGACUCCAUCUAUCAUAUCACACUGGUAGAGAACUGGCUUUGGAAUGCAACGACCGAAGAGAUGAAAGGGCAUUAUCGAGAUGCCAGUCGUGCAAUCGACUUUCUGAGGAAUAUAACUCCAGAUGCAGCAUAUUCGAAUGAAGCUGACGUCCAUGAGCCCAAUCAUGAAGUGGCAUUUUGGGGAAGCAACUACCCCAAGCUACUCUCUAUCAAACAUAAAUAUGACCCUGAUCAUCUGUUGGACUGUUGGCAUUGCGUUGGAUGGAAUGCCCACUCUCUGCGUUUCUCUUGCUAUAUAUAAAUACAACACGUUGCAUAUCAUUUUGAUUGUGAAGUGCGAG